GUUUGACAACAAUGAGCGAACGUCUCGUUUUGAUAACAUAACACGCGCAGCUUCCGCUUUAUUGAUUCGCGCAAUUUCAUCAAAACCGGAUGUAUUGGAUAUUGCUGGGAUUCCUGAGCUCCGCCGUCGCGGCGCAGAGCUCUUACGACUUGGAAACCAGGGCGGUUUCGUUCCCGGGGAAACCGAGUCUAGGUCCGCUUUAUUCAGCCGGUUUAAACUCAGCCCAAGGAUUCCGCGAUAACAGUUACGAAGACAAUGCAGUGACGCCCACGCCUUCACCUACGCCAAUCUACAGGACUGCUAAUCAGCAACCAUUAUAUCGCAAGCCAACGGUAUCACCGAUCGACACUCGCGACUAUCCUCAAGCAAUUCGCGUUGGUUCCAACCAACGUGCUCCUCCCCGAGGAGGACCCACCCCGGAGGAGCUCGAAGAGGAGAAGGAGGAGCCUGAUCGUCUCACCCUGCUUCUGCCCCAGAGCAGAUUCGACUGCGUCAACAAACAGACCGGCUACUACGCUGACGAGGAUCUCAACUGCGAGGUCUUCCACUAUUGUCAGGACAACGCCAAGCACUCCUGGAUUUGUCCCGAGGGUUUCACCUUCCAUCAGGUACAUCUGAUCUGUAUGCCACCCAGCGGCGACAUCAGCUGCAAGAAGAGUUCGCAGUAUCAUUUCGUCAAUGAGUACCUGUACAAGCCGCUGAACCAGCAGGAGGCUGAGACCAAACCCAACGUUACCUUGAGGUACAGCGAGAGGUAUUAUCCUUCUGACAUCCAUUCGGAUGAAAGGGAGGUCGGUGAUUACCAGAUCACUCCUACACAAGCUCCGGUGCGUCGUCCUGCUCCGCAGGUCUUUGUGAGCCCCAAGCCCUCGAAUUUGAACAGCAUUCCAACAUCAGCCCGCCCGCAGUCCACGGGGAUCCCACAAUAUCAGCUCCCGCUAAAUCAGGUAUUCCGCAGCCCCGAAGAAGUCAACAUUCCUCUUCAAUACAGACGACCGCAGCAACAUCAAGCUAUCAGACGAUUUCCUCAAGUCCGGCCUGAUGAGGAAGAGUACAAGUAGAUCCUUAGAUCUCGCAAUUUUUUAGUUUGCUCGAAUUCUUCCGUUCUUCAAAUAAUCCCUUAAUAGAUCACUAAUAUUUCUUGAUACACGCAUCUGUGCAGUAUCUUUUAGCAAAAUCAACCAAAACUAUUUGAAUUCGAGCCUUUGGGCCAUUUUUUAUAUUAAAUUACUCGCAAGUAUUUAUAUUAUUAUACUCUUAGCAAUGUACAAAAGGAAGAACAAAAUAGCCAGAAAAAUUAAUUGCAUGAGACGUAGACAGCUUUGUAGGGAGUGUGAGCUUAUUUAAAAGUAUUAUUAAUAUUCAUUCGCGUAUACGUGGAUUGCAAGUCCAUUCGUCUUCAUCGAAAUUUCUCUGUCCUGUAAAAAAAUUUCCCCCCGCAGGAUCUUUUCACCGAUAUUUGUAAUCGAUAAGAUUAAUUAGCGUUAAGAGAGACGGUAUAAGUCUCGUGAAAUUCUUUUUGUCGAAUUAGUUAAUGUUAUAAUGUAAGACUAAUGCGAAGAUAAUUUAAUUUGUGGCGCAAUUAUUAUGUGAAGAUAACUUAAUUAUUGUAAAUAAAAAAAUAAUAAUUAAAAGAAGGUGCGCUAAGUUUCCACCUGUACUUAUCAGGAGCCUCGUAGAUCUUAAUUAUCGCUAAUUAUAAUAAUUUGAGACAGUGAAUUCUAAACAGAACGUUA